GGGGUGGGUAGGAGAGCACAAAUAUCUGCCUACCUGGUACAUUAAUCCAGUCUGGCACUUCUUUCCCAUCUUUCUGCUCUCGCUGACCUUUGUCAUACGAACAGUCGCGCCUGCAGCCCAGGUUGCUUCUUCCUUGUGAAGAGCCAAGAGUUGAGCCACUUCCCACUUGGAGCGGUAGUGGUGCAGCGUGCUUGCUCCCUGGCUCAUCUGGCGUUGGCAUCUGCAAUCCAAUCUGCUUGGCUGCACCUGCGACACUUGCAGCACCAAGUUUGAUCUUGAUCUCAUUUCUUUGACCCGUCCGAUCAAGGCCAUCCAUACCUUAGCACGCAGUACCUACCACACAAUCACCUGUACUACGUACUGCGUUCAGGAUACUUCGACUCUUCUUUCUCCAUCCUGUUUUUUCCCUCUUCCGUUGCGCCCUCCGACAAAACCUACCUGCCCUGCAACAAUAACAGACGAUCAAGACUGAUGUCACACUUGCUACGACUGGCUACUGCUACCCCAUCCACCUUUCGCCAUACCAAUUGAUCGUCAUGAAUUCCAGCUUAGCCGUCAUCCAAUCCUCGACCUCUACACCAGGACGGUUAGACUAGAAAGCUUUACAGCCACAGCCACAGUGCCAAGGCCUGGACCAUUUCGCCCAUUCUCACUGCACCACCUCUCUUUAUACCUAUUCCCCCCGAAGGCCGAUGUCUUGUCUGCUCUGGUUCUAAACCGGAGGGGAAUUUCCUCCAUUACAUCAACAACACCAACAAAGCCCAUUUUCGCGAUCCGAGAGAAAUGCUCGAAACCGCGCGCGGCUGGCUGCUCGACCAGCUCCGGGCAGCCAAGCCUUCUUUUAUAUCCAAGAAGCCUCAUUUCAACUUCAUCUCGGCUCACUACUUUUGGAUUGUCAGUCUCACCAUACUGGGCUCCAUCCUCAUCUUUGCCUCGGCCGGCGGUCAGUUGGCUUACAUUGAUGCACUCUACUUUGCAAGUGGCGCCAAUACCCAAGCCGGUCUCAACACAGUCGACGUCAACCUACUCAAUACCUUCCAGCAAGCAUGUCUCUACUUCUUUACCAUGACCUCGAACCCCAUCACCAUCCACUCUUCUGUUGUGUUCCUCCGACUAUACUGGUUCGAGAAGCGAUUUCAAGGAGUUGUCCGCGAGGCUCGCCAACAACGCAGAAACACCAUUUCAAAGUCAAAGUCCCGCGCGAGAGAUGAUUUGAACCAGGCUGAGAGGGGCCGUUUGAGCGUGCGCAAUAUUAAGGUUAUGCACACCAAUGGCCACCGCUCGAGAAUGACCAAUGAUGGAAUUCUACUCGAUAUGAAGGAGGAUGAGGAUGGCCGCAUCUCGCCGGGGAGUAAUGGUUUUGUGCCCGUUCCCAACACCCCAGCACAUAACUCGGGAGAACACUCGCCCGCCAGAGCACCCGAAACCCAGGAAGAAACCGGCACAGACAUCACCCAAGGUCGAAUCACGUUUGCCCAGCAUGUCUUCCGAAGCGACGGCACGGAACCAGAAGUCAAGCUUCCAUCGCCGCACUCGCCCGCUCAUUUUGCCAUUCUUGAGCGCCAACGCGCCGGGCCUGAUGAGACACUGCGAAUUCCAAACCCCAGAGACGCAGAGAAGGGCAUGAAACCAAAGCGAGUCGAAGAUGAUGCAGCACCUGAACCUGAAGACGAGAGGGACGGCAGUAUUCCGCAUAUCCACGUUAACGGCGGAGCGAACAACUUGGCGGAUGAUGUCGGCAAUAAUGUCCACCGCCCACAGACGAUCAAAAUCGAGGAGCCUGAACGACCCAGGGAUACCGAGAGAACGGUCAAGGACGAGAUUGCGGAUGAAGCCGAGGUGAUUGGUAGAACCAUCUUUCCAUUCUCGCUCCGUAAGCCCAAGAAGUUCUUCAAGGGUACCAGCAGUGACAACGGCGAAGGCAGCAGCUCUGACAACCCUCUUGCGAGAGUCAGGAGCAAGACAUUCGACACCAUCAGGACUGCAUUGACCCGCGAAAAGGUCGAGGACAUGCCGUAUCUGAGUUUCACGCCUACCAUGGGACGCAACUCAGCCUUCCCGGGCUUGACCAUUGAGCAGCGUGAGGAAUUGGGUGGGAUUGAAUAUCGGUCCUUGAGGACACUCGCCGUUAUCUUGCUCUGCUACUUCUGGGGUUUCUCGCUCUUCGCCAUCACCUGCUUCCUUCCCUGGAUCUACACGAGCUCUAAUGCCAAGUACGCCGCCAUCGUGGAGAACUCGGGUGUCAGCAAGGCGUGGUGGGGUAUUUUCACGGCGAAUUCGGCCUUCAACGAUUUGGGGCUUACCCUCACGCCUGACAGCAUGAACUCGUUCAACGACGCGUCUUUCAUCCUGUUGAUCAUGUCUUUUCUGAUCAUCAUUGGCAACACCGGCUUCCCCAUCAUGCUCCGGGUCGUCAUUUGGAUUCUCUCCAAGAUUGUGCCAAAACGCACAGGACUAUGGGAGGAAUUACGCUUCUUGUUGGACCACCCGCGUCGUUGCUUCACUCUGCUUUUCCCAGCGGGCGCUACCUGGUGGCUGUUCAUCAUUCUCAUCGGCCUCAACGUUCUUGACCUGCUGUUCUUUGUCCUGCUGGAUCUGAACGAUAACGCCGUGAGCCAUUUGCCGGUGCACGUCCGCAUUGUGGAUGGUAUCUUCCAGGCUGCGUCGACAAGAACUGCAGGUUUCUCGGUUGUCAACAUUUCGCUGUUGCAUCCUGCUGUGCAAGUGUCAUACAUGAUUAUGAUGUACAUCUCCGUGUUUCCAAUCGCCAUCUCCAUUCGUCGCACCAACGUGUACGAAGAGAGAUCUUUGGGUGUUUAUCACAGCCCUGACGAGGAUAUGGAGGGCACCAACGAGAAUAGUGCCUGGUCAUACGUCGGUACCCAUUUGCGUCGCCAACUUUCUUUCGAUUUGUGGUACGUUUUCUUGGGGCUCUUCAUUCUGGCCAUCACAGAAGGCAAGAGGAUUCAAAACAAGGACUUUGACGUCUACUCGGUCUUGUUCGAGAUCGUGAGUGCAUACGGUACGGUCGGGUUGAGUCUGGGUUAUCCCAACGUCAACGCUUCCCUUUGCUCUCAGUUCACCACUGGAGGCAAGCUUAUCAUGAUUGCAAUGCAAAUCCGUGGUCGCCAUCGUGGUCUCCCCUACGGCUUGGAUCGCGCUGUUCUUUUACCAAGCGAAUCUCGGUUCGAGAAGGAAGCCGCCGAGGCGCAGCCAGUUCUGGUCCGGUCUGCUACUGCCGCAUCGACGGGAACUGCACUCAGCGCCACGAGGUCAAACCUGAGGUCGAGAAGAAUGAGCACGAACAGGGGUCAAGGCAUCUUUACUCAAUUCCUUCACCCUGGCCCCGUGAUCCCACACGAAGAUAGCCUCACCAAUCUCCCCAGACGCAGCAGAUCAUUUGGAGUCGACGAACGGCCGCCGAUGGCUGAGGAUAUGAGGAGACGCAAUACGGAGCCCGUCGAUGACGAGACUACGGAUACCGACAGCGACGUGAUCACAGCGCCUCCGCGGAGAGUAGUCACUACACCCGCAAGACCCGCGAUUUGACCUGUUUUGUGAGAAAAGGAAAAAGGAGCAUACAUUGCAAGGAGUUUGUACUAUGGAGUAAUCCGGGUGGGCACAUGUUUUCUUGAUUGGCGCGGUAUCCAGUCGUUUCUAUAAAACCAAGGCGGACUAGAUGGCUCAGGCCGCGGACAGACUUUUGAUUUUGGCGUUUGUUCUCACUGUACAUUCUUAGUAUACUGUACACUUAUGACGACUG